UGGACCGGGCAGCGGGUCGGAAGUGGGUUGGAGGUGUGGCGGAAGUGGUUGGGAGUGAAGAGACAGGGAGGGGGCGGUUCCCGUUCCACCUCGGAGCCGGAUGUUUGCCGAUCUUUGACAGGCGUGGCAGAGGGAGCGGUACCCGACCACGGGUUCUCUUCAGAUUUUGUGGCGUGAAGCUGUAGGGGUCAGGCUUGGCCAUGGACCCACUCUCAGAGCUGCAGGACGACCUGACCGUGGAUGACACCAGCCAGGCCCUGAACCAGCUGAAGCUAGCCUCCAUUGACGAGAAGAACUGGCCCUCAGAUGAAAUGCCCGACUUUCCCAAAUCAGAUGACUCCAAAAGCAGCUCCCCGGAACCUGUCACGCACCUGAAGUGGGAUGACCCGUAUUACGACAUCGCCCGGCACCAGAUUGUGGAGGUGGCAGGAGAUGACAAAUAUGGGCGGAAGAUCAUUGUGUUUAGUGCCUGCCGAAUGCCCCCAAGUCACCAGCUGGACCACAGCAAGCUCCUGGGGUACCUGAAGCACACCCUGGACCAGUACGUGGAGAGUGACUACACGCUGCUCUACCUGCACCAUGGCCUGACCAGCGACAACAAGCCCUCCCUCAGCUGGCUCCGGGACGCCUACCGGGAAUUUGACCGCAAGUACAAGAAGAACAUCAAGGCUCUGUACAUCGUGCACCCCACCAUGUUCAUCAAGACCCUGCUCAUCCUCUUUAAGCCCAUCAUUAGCUUCAAGUUUGGGCAGAAGAUCUUCUAUGUGAAUUAUCUGAGUGAGCUGAGCGAGCACGUGAAGCUUGAGCAACUGGGGAUCCCUCGCCAAGUUCUCAAGUAUGAUGACUUCCUCAAAUCCACACAGAAGAGCCCUGCGACAGCCCCCAAGCCCAUGCCACCACGGCCCCCUCUGCCCAACCAGCAGUUCGGGGUCUCCUUGCAGCACCUCCGGGAGAAGAACCCAGACCAGGAGCCCAUUCCACUUGUGCUGCGGGAGACUGUUGCCUACCUGCAGGCCCACGCUCUCACCACCGAGGGGAUUUUCCGGAGGUCAGCCAACACUCAAGUUGUACGGGAAGUGCAGCAGAAGUACAACAUGGGGCUGCCUGUGGACUUUGACCAAUACAAUGAGUUGCACCUGCCAGCAGUCAUUCUCAAGACCUUCCUCCGGGAGCUUCCUGAGCCUCUGCUCACCUUUGACCUCUACUCCCACGUUGUGGGCUUCCUCAGCAUUGAUGAGAGCCAGAGAGUGCAGGCGACACUGCAGGUCUUCCAGACACUGCCUGAGGAGAACUACCUGGUGCUGCGUUUCCUCACUGCCUUCCUGGUGCAGAUUUCUGCCCUCUGUGACCAGAACAAGAUGACCAACACUAAUCUGGCUGUCGUCUUCGGCCCUAACCUGCUGUGGGCCAAGGAUGCUGCCAUCACCCUCAAGGCCAUCAAUCCCAUCAACACCUUCACCAAGUUCCUCCUGGAUCAUCAAGGGGAGUUGUUUCCUAGCCCUGACUCCAAGGGGCUCUGAUCGCCCCAGUUUGGACUCUUCCUCCUGGCUUCAGCGGUACAGGAGCCUGGGGCUCCCCCAGAGAUAGAAGCUGGAGUCAGCCAGCCAGACAGCUCCUACUCCCCAUCCUGUCUGGCCCCCUCACUGGCCCUGGAGGCCUCGCUGUAACCACAAGACGUUUUUCUUCGCCUUAUACUUCUCACUGCCUCCUUGAACCCCCGACUCCUGCCGGGUUCCGCGGAGCUGGCUUGGCUCUUCAGGCGGGAGGACUGGCCCCAGCAGCCGCUUACCUGCCUUCUCCUGCCUCUUUCCUUGGCAACUGGAGAUGCCAAAAUCACUGCCGGCUGGGCUGGUCCUCCCCUUCCUGAUUCUGGGAAAUGAAAGGCUGAGCUGGCUUGGGCUGGCCCGGCUGAGGCUCCUCUCUGUCUGGGUGAAGGCCUGGUUGCAGGCACUCUGCUCCUGUCCUACCCCCGGUGGCUCAGCCUUUGGUACUUCUGCAGCUAGUGGACAACAGGCUGGAGUCAGCUUCCCAUGUCUGCCUUCUCUUCCUGGGUCAGCCUUUCCCAAGUGGUACUGCUCCCAGGGUGUCCUAACCCCCUGUUCUGCAAGGACUGGCAGCUUGGAUGAUGGGGCUGAGUCCCAGCAUCCAUUCGAAAUAGACACCGCACUCCCACCCCUGCCAGCCCCCUAAGUGUGGUCAGACCAGUGACAAGCAGUCCCUGCCCUGCCCCCAAGCAUUACCUCCCUUCCCCGUGACUUGGACAGAUCCUUAGCCAUGUCAGUUGUGGAGUCACACAGGUCCCUGCUCUGGCCUGGGGUGACUCAGUGCCUCAGGAUCUGUGGUGGCUCCUUAGUCCAGUUGUGAACCCCUGGAGGGACUGGGCAGAGACUCUGCUAGUUAGAUCAGCCUCUGCUGGUAAGUUCUAGCAACUUCUUCCUGACUCUGAUGAUGAUGGAUAGCCCUCUUUCCAGCUGUGUCCCUUCCUGGUGAACCCCAUUGCCACAGAGCCUGUACCAUGGGGGUCCUCACUGACCAGCCCUGCCCCAUUUGUGAACCAGGUGUGGCCUGGGCCUUGACCUCACUGGGCUCUCUCCCCAGGGCACUAGCAUGUCAGGAUUCUGGGGCCUGGCAUGGCUGCUGGUUCCCCGUCAGUCCCUGUGUCUCCAGUCCAGGCCCGGGCUUCUGCUUUCUGCCUUCCUUGGUAUAUCAGGUGUCACUCACAACCCCACUUACUGGGGAGCCUCGUGGAUCUAUUUGGUCUCUCCGCCUCUCCCCCCACUGGUCUUUACCCCGGGGUAGGGGGCUCAUACUGUGAAUCAAGUGUUCACAUUCACACUUAGUGACUUCCUUGGCACCAAUCAUGUAUUUCACCUUUGCACUUUUUAUAUUUCAAUAAAAAAGGAGUUCAAAACUA